GUGGAUAACGUCGAGAUUAGAGGUGAAGGAGCCCACAAAUUUCCAAAGACACUGAAUGAAGGAGAAAGGAUAGGCAUUGGUAUUGCUGUUGGAUUGGUUGUUGUCUUCACUCUGACUGCGAUCUACAUGUUCAUGUACUACAAGGGGAAAUCAAACAAAACAAUGAAACUGGAAGUUCCAAGGAACGGCAAAGCCAGGAGAGAUUCGCUCACCAGCAAAGGAACAGAGGACAUUUCCCUAGACGAUGCUGUAGAAGGCCCGUCUGGACUGACGGCGAUGAACAGGGGUGAACCACGACGAACAGAUGCGCCAAUGCCCAACGAAGACGAAGAGGAAGAGGAGGAGCUUAACAUUUUUGUAGCCAAAUUCUGAAGGAAGGAACAAGAAAUGACACUGAAUGUGACAAACAUCUUUGUUAGAAGUUGAGUUUAUAACUUGCUUGUAUAAUUCGUCUGGAAGUCGCUACUGAUAUGAAUAAAUGUUAUGGAACUGAAACUUUGCACUAUUUCGUAAUUUUUAUGCGCUCAUUAUUCCUAUUUCACUGACUUACACUUCUUCUUUUCCUUUCCCUUCUCCUCCUUCUCCCUCUCCUUCUUCUUAUCCUUCUCGCGAAGGUACAGAUCAGACACGUCUUUUGAACGUGGUCUUAAUAAGCAACUCAAAGUACGUGAAAUUCCUUUGAAUCUACUAAAUAAACUUUGAAUACUAAUAAAACAAAUUUGUAAUUCAAAUGAAAACAUCCAAGCGCGGCCAAGUCUUUAGU